AUGGACCAAAAUAAUGAAACUUCAAAUGACUUCAUCCUCCUGGGGCUCUUCCCUGAGUUCAGCCAUCCUCAUCUUCUCAUUGUCUCCAUCCUCCUCAUGUAUAUCAUUGCUUUUACUGGAAAUGCUCUGCUGAUCCUCCUCAUCUGGCUAGACACCCGGCUCCAUACUCCCAUGUACUUCCUGCUUAGCCAGCUUUCCCUCAUUGAUCUAUCUUAUGUAACCAGCACAGUCCCCAAGACAGUAACCAAUUAUUUCACAGGGAGGAAAAACAUUUCCUAUUUUGCUUGUGCAACUCAGUUGUUUUUCUUUCUCACUGUUGGCCUUGCUGAGUGCAUCCUCCUGACCCUCAUGGCUUAUGAUCGCUAUGUGGCUGUCUGUAACCCCCUGAGAUACACAAUCCUCAUGCGCCCCAAGGUUUGUCUGUGGAUGACUGCUGCAGUCUGGAUUGGGUCAUCUCUGGCCGCCCUUGUCCAUACCAUUUACCCAAUGCAUUUCCCUAUAUGUGGUUCCAGGGAGAUUAAUCAUUACUUUUGUGAGAUGCCUGCCAUCUUAAGACUGUCUUGUGUGGACACAUCAAACUAUGAGAUGGUAAAAUUUGUGUCAACUAUUGUGUACCUUCUGAUUCCAUUUGUUCUCAUCCUAUCAUCCUACACCCUAAUUUUCCUCACUGUCCUGAGAAUGAACUCCCGCAAAGGGAGGAACAAAGCCCUGGCCACCUGCUCUUCCCACUUAACUGUGGUGAGUCUAUAUUUUGGUCAGGCCAUCUUCAUCUACAUGACACCCAGCUCUUCCCACACACCUGAACAAGACCAGAUAGGAGCAGUGCUUGGCACCAUAGUGACUCCCAUGCUCAAUCCACUCAUCUAUAGCCUAAGAAACAAAGAAGUAGUGGGGGCUCUGAAGAAGAGGAUGGCAAAUUAUUGCAACUGUGAAAAUGCCCUUUGCAUAUUGUGUUCUCAGAAAUGUCCCAUCUUCAAUAUUCAGAAAAGUCAUAGUCAACUAAAAUCCUAA